CAAUGUAUUUUCAAGUGCGUCUUUUUGACGAUCUAAUCAAUUGUCACGGUACGCGUAACAUGUAAUAUAUGUAAUACGAUGUUGUAUAAAAAAUUGUUUUUUUGAUCCAUCAUAUUGCAUAUAGAAAUAAAUUGAGAUUAUAAAUCGUAUCGGAUUAACACAUAUUGUUGGCAUAAAUAAAAUGCUCAUUAUAAAAAUCCACAGAUACGAAACGUUUUGUGAAGCGAAAGAAAAAAAAGUGUAAAAAUAAUGAAAAAAACAGAAGGAGCAGUCGGGCUAAUCCAUCGCGGGGGCGGGGAGGGGGCCCGAUAGUAGAUAUAUAAAAUGGCAGGCGCGGCGCGUAAAAGCGGAAGCGUGUUGGACAAUUGGAGUCGGAAGUGAUUCCGGCCGAGCGUGGAUUUCCCAUUGUUGUUCUCGCUGCGCGUAUGUACACGUCGCUCGUCGCCGCGCGAUCGCGGGCCCCAACGCUAGUCGAAAAAACACGCGCGACACCGCAGCUGCAGCUCGCCGCAGCGAAGUGCACAGUCGUACACAAGUUGCGCAACUGCACCUGUCUAUCGUCAUGUAAUGAAGUAUUGUUGCAGUUUUGACGGUCUCUGCGAUGAUCGGUUUUUAGUCGAGAAGGUACUAGAUCGAGAGCAAAGAUGGGCUGCGGAAGCAGCAGCAGCAGCAGUAGCAGCGAGAGCAAAAACUUGGGUCUCCGUCUGCUCUCAAGCAAACUACACUUCAAGCCUGAGCAGUUAGACAAGCUUACCGACUACUUCUGCGAGCUUGCAAGAUCCGAUCAUGAAGAAUCCGCGGAUUUGGUAAAGCUGGAGGCGAAGGUCGAACGUAUGGUACAACGAUUGCUGGCCGGACUUGCAAAUCUCGAUCGCAGGUUCGCUUCUUGCUUCUUAGUUUCCCUAAAUGAACGAAGAAGGAUCAAGCAACUGAGGUUCGAGUAUCUGUUGCGGUUGGAUGCAUUGUCGAUACCCAGUGGUAACAGCGAUGUAGCCGAACUGGCAUUGCAAUUAGAAGAAGACACGAGUGCGCCAGGGUUUGCAAGGUUGAGACUGAAGGCUGGCGAUGCCGGCUCGUGGGUGGAAUUUUUCGGACCGGAUGGCAGGCUCAGGAGGGAUCUUGUCAAGGCAAAAGUGGCGGCCGUGCUCGCGCAAUCUGUGAAACCAGAUGCAAUCAAUGGCGUAGACGAGAGGCUGUGCAUAACGCCAGGCCAAGUUGUCGACCCAGAAGUGCUGGACAAGAUACUCAAGCAGCCGGAACACUGCCGAAUAUUCUUCGGUCCAGCCGAAGUGGAUUUGCCGGUUGUCGCUGAUCACCGCGUGGUAAUCGUCGAGGACGAGAAUGGCAUUUUAUUGAAGAUAGGACUUAAUGGUUCGAAGUCGCAAGACAUCCAAGUUAGAUUACUGAUCGGCCUGUCGAUCAAUUCUUGGCCAAACUGCGUUGAUUAUCCGAAUAGGGUGCCACUGCAUCACUGCGACGCGCUGCUCCAUUAUACUGCUGCGCAAACGGGUAUGUAUUUGGUGGCGGUGGGUCCACAUCAAGGACUGCGCUGUGACGACAAAGCGAGUCUGUGGCGCGUGAGACUUUUCGCAGCUGAAAAGGUGAUGCGCGAACACUACUCCGACGAAAGUGUCGUCUCGCUCACCGAGGCCGCACUCAUGCAGCUACUCGACCAGCUGCGUGCCCGGCGUCCUAUCGACUUCUCCAUCAAGCGUAAACGGAGCGUUUUACAGGGCAGGCUACGACUGGUCUCCAGGCACAUUCUUCGAGCGAUUCACUGGUGGUCACUCGAGCAACGCGCCGGGCCAGAUCCCUUGAGAAGCUGGUCGUCCGAGAGCCUCGCUCAGCACGUGCUUCUGAGCCUCGACGAGUUGCUGCGCGCCUUGCGCUGUCAAAACCUGCGAUGUUACUUUCAACCGCGAUGCAACCUCAUGCUACAGUGCGCCCGGGGUGGAACAUCAGUACACGAAGACGCUUACGCACGGGACGCUCGACUUCUCGAGGCGUACCUGUCGGCGUUGCACGCCUACUCGCUCGAGUGGCUGCACUACCCCGCGCAACGCGGCCUCGCCGCCGGCGAGCUGCUCGAGAGGGAAUUGGUUUCACGGUGGAGGCAGGUCAUGGCUUCGUUACCCAGGGGCAGUAUGUCCGGCCAUUACGGCUACGGGCCACGUCAGUUGCAGUAUCUCGGAUUGCUCGUCAAAGAGGUGCUACGAGCAAAGGAUACUCUACAGCAGGGCAGCUACGACACCUGCCGCAGCUUCUUCAAUCUGUCGGCGGAUUGGCAGUGCGGCGAGGCUAUUGAUAACUUGAUAUAUCUACUGAGCUUGGUACUGAGGCAGGCGAAGGACCAAGUUUCCCACUCGUCGAGCGCGAGCAGUGCGCGCAGGAGAAAGCACAAUCAACGACGCGGACGCGCGGAGAGAAAAAGAAGCUGCGCCAAGGCCUACUUCGAUCGAUCCGUCGACGUGCUGAUCGACGUGGUGAAGAAGGAUCGCGACACUGCCUAUCUCGACUUGGACAACACCACCGUCAUGGCCAAGGCACUGCUCAAGUGGCUGUACUUCGGUAUGGAGGAGGACAAGAAGGUGCUGGGUCCGCUGCUGCGCCCGUAUCUGGGCAAUCUGUUCAACGCGUCGCACGAGUACGCGUGGCACGUGGAAUCGUGGCGCGCCCGUACCGACAGAUACUCGGCGGAAACACGCUCGCUCGCUGCAUUCUGUAAGUUGGUGGCGCAACGCGAGAUUCAGCCGGCUAAUGGCAUUGUCGAGUCGCUGUCCAGAGGCUGGUGCUGGCCCGACGAGCUCGCGCGACAGAUCGAGCGUGCCGAGCCUCGACACGGACUCGGUCUGGUCUUCCUCACGCCCGAGCGCAUACUCAGGUAUCAGUUGAAAUUCGCCAAGGACCAGGGACCUAAUUCAUACUCGACCUGGAGCAAAGCAAGGAGCCUCGGUAGUGCAGUCAGAAAGUCGAGUGUUGCGCGUGCCGCUAUGAUCACGGCUAACGACACGCUACUUGCUACUUUGAGAUCUCUCGCUGCCAAAGCUGACGACGUCAAAGAGAAAGUUGCAGGCCAUGUGGAGUUACGAGAUAGAAGCCCUUUGACACUUGCGGUGGUAACGGCAAGGCGACGAGGCCGACAACGCGGACCCGCUGGCUUGAUUCCGGCUCUGGUCAGCCUCAACAAGUUUCGGGUGUUGCAGGAGGUAGCGCAGCUCUUACCGGCGGAAGAACGUAACGCGAUGCUGGAAAUGGUGAGGAGAGUGUCACGAGAUGCUGCCCGUCGACGACUGAGACGUGCUAGCUGUCCCGAUCCGGCCAGUCUGGUCGGCGUGCAACGUCAGCUUUACACGCCCAGGUCGGAGUCAAAGUUGUACGAUGUGUCGUCGCCCGCGGUGCAAGACUCGCCGAAUACGCGCCAGCAACGAAUCAUUCAGGAGCGUCAGCUUCAGCUGCGCCGUGAGAUAUCCGAGCUACACGAUACCCUGACUCGAGGGCUAAGGAGCCGAAGUCAGUUGCCGACCUGGGAUUCCACCUCCAUGGCUUCGUCUUCCUGGGCUGCUUCUUCGGCCGCUAACUCCAUCGGACACACUCGACUCAAGAGGCAUCACACUGCUAUCUGGGACAAUGUGCGAGGCACGUCGCCGCUCUGGGAUAGCGUCAGUUGUAAUAGCACAUUCUCUAGAGUCAAGACCGAGGACGCGAUCGAAGCUAACACGAAUGACAACGAAAAAGAUGACGACGAUGACAGGUUGCCUACGUGGGAUCUGUUGGAGAACGCGCUGAACAACAAGUUUUUGACGUACAAGUCAGAUGAUCAGCCAAAUUCUAUCGAUGGAAAUAAGGACGUCAACGUGGAGUACCUUGUUAUCAGCAACGAUACGAAGGAGUUUGCAAAGUAAUCUGUGUAAUUCAUAUCACAAAAAGCCUCUAAGAGUGUUCGUUCGAUUAAAAUAAUUUUCAACUAAAUA